CCGCGAGACUUGAGAAGAUGGACGGUGUCGGUUUAAGUGCUAAUAACAAGCAGCAGAAACCGAACCAAAUGCUGCCAAAUAAAACUAGAAGAGAAUUUGCUAGAAACAUGAGGAAAUAUUCAGAGGGUUUAUCAGAAGCUCCUGAUCUGGAGUUUGAAUAUUCAGAUGCUAAUAAAAGGACCUCUGAACUCUCAGAGUAACUCAUGUCUUUGGCAUCCGUGGUCCAUUAUGCAAUCCUGGGGCAGUGUGGGUUACAAUACCGCAUUCAAGGUCAUGAGUGUCUUCAUCAACACAUAUAUCAGUGCUGAACUUCACCUCUAAGAUGAGUGAAACAGAGAAACAGAGUAACAGAUUAGGAUCACUUGUAUCCAGCUCUGUGUCUAUGAAGAGUGAUCACUCCAUCGGUGAUAGACCAAACUUCAGUGAGAAAACACCAACAGCUACUAAAAGUAACAGAUUAGGAUCACUUGUAUCCAGCUCUGUGUCUAUGAAGAGUGAUCACUCCAUCGGUGAUGGACCAAACUUCAGUGAGAAAACACCAACAGCUACUAAAAGUAACAGAUUAGGAUCACUUGUAUCCAGCUCUGUGUUUAUAAAGAGUGAUCACUCCAUCGGUGAUGGACCAAACUUCAGUGAGAAAACACCAACAGCUACUAAAAGUAACAGAUUAGGAUCACUUGUAUCCAGCUCUGUGUUUAUAAAGAGUGAUCACUCCAUCGGUGAUGGACCAAACUUCAGUGAGAAAACACCAACAGCUACUAAAAGUAACAGAUUAAGAUCACUUGUAUCCAGCUCUGUGUUUAUAAAGAGUGAUCACUCCAUCGGUGAUAGACCAAACUUCAGUGAGAAAACACCAACAGCUACUAAAAGUAACAGAUUAGGAUCACUUGUAUCCAGCUCUGUGUCUAUGAAGAGUGAUCACUCCAUCGGUGAUGGACCAAACUUCAGUGAGAAAACACCAACAGCUACUAAAAGUAACAGAUUAGGAUCACUUGUAUCCAGCUCUGUGUUUAUAAAGAGUGAUCACUCCAUCGGUGAUGGACCAAACUUCAGUGAGAAAACACCAACAGCUACUAAAAGUAACCAGAGACCGGUGACCUCAGUAAAUAUUGGUUCAGCAAUUAUCAGAUGGAAAGCAUUAAAAGAACAAAGAGGAAUAAAGAGUGAUGAGGAACUGGCAACUUUACUGAUCAACAGGCAUCAGUUUGAGACAUCAGAGGCAAACAUUCAGAACUCUGAAGACGAGCUUCCCCGGAUCUUCAAGGAUCUUGAGUAUGAAAUAAACAAAUUUCAGAAGAAGGAGCUGCAAAGGUUUCAGAAGAUAUUAAGAAAUGGAAACAUACAAGACUUUGUUAAAGACUAUAAGGACAGAAACAGAAUCAGAGAAGCAUUUCUGGAUAUCACACUCCACUUUCUUAGAUGUUUGAAACAAGAUGAACAUGCUGAGAGGCUGGAAGAUGAGCUGGUCUACAUCUGUCAACUGAAAUCAAACCUGGAGAAGAGGUGUCAAUGUGUAUUUGAAGGAAUUGCAAAUCAUGGUGACUCCACACUUCUAAAUAAAAUCUACACAGAUCUUUACAUCACUCAGGGUGGAGGUGAACAAAUCAAUACUGAACAUGAGAUAAGACAGAUUGAAUUUGCUUCCAGGCAUCUAGAAACAUCAGAGACACAGAUUGAAUUCAGAAAUAUGUUUAACCCCCUUGAAGGAGACCAGAACAUCAGAACUGUGUUAACAAAAGGAGUUGCUGGCAUUGGAAAAUCUGUCUCCGUUCAAAAGUUUGUUCUGGACUGGGCAGAGGGAAAAGAAAAUAAAGAUAUCAGCUUCAUAUUCCCUCUACCCUUCAGAGAGAUGAACUUAAAAGAGAAAGAAAGAGUAAGUCUGAUGGACCUUAUCAUUCAGUUUUUUCCAGAGGUUAAAGGACUGAACCUUACAAGAAAAAAAGUGCUGCUGAUCUUUGAUGGAUUUGAUGAAUGUCGUCUUCCUCUGAAGUUUGACAGUAAUGAGAUGUUGUGUGAUGUCACAUCUCCUGCUUCUCUGGAUGUUCUCCUAACAAACCUCAUCAAAGGAAAUCUGUUUCCUUCUGCUCUCAUCUGGAUAACCACCAGACCAGCAGCGGCCAGUAAGAUUCGACCUGAAUGUAUUGAUCGGGUGACAGAGGUACGAGGAUUCAAUGAUGCACAGAAGGAGGAGUACUUCAGAAAAAGAUUCACAGAUGAGAAUAUGGCCAACACCAUCAUUGAUCAUGUUAAAAAAUCAAAGAGUCUCUUCAUCAUGUGUCACAUCCCAGUCUUUUGCUGGAUUUCAGCCACUGUCCUUCAGAACAUUCUGGAGAAGAAGAGAAACAAUCAGUUUGAUGACACAACAUCUGAGGAGACUCCUAAAACUCUGACACAAAUGUACAUGCAUUUCUUUCGCUUUCAGAUUCAACAAAGCAGAAGAAAGUAUGAAGGAGAAUAUUCACCUGAUAUUUCCUGGGAUAAAGAUGUUAUCCUUUCACUGGGAAAACUGGCAUUUCAAAACCUGGAAAAAAGCAAUUUAAUCUUCUAUGACUCAGACUUGGAGGACUGUGGCAUUGAUAUAACUAAGGCAUCAGUUUACUCAGGGAUGUGCACACAGAUCUUUAGACAGGAAACAGGGAUCAUUACUGAUACUGUGUACUGUUUUGUUCACUUGAGCAUUCAGGAGUUUAUUGCAGCUCUGUAUGCGCAUCUGUUUCUGGACAUUUCAAAGAAAAAUGUGUUUGUUCAGGAGCACACAGAACAGGAAAAUAACAGUGCAAUGAUUGGUUUACUGAAGACUGCAGUUGAUAAAGCACUUGAGAGUGACAAAGGACAUCUGGAUCUUUUCCUUCGCUUCCUCCUUGGUCUGACACUUGAGUCUAAUCGGACGCUCUUACGAGGUCUUUUAACACAAGAAGAGAGCAAUGAACAGAGCAACAAGAUGAUAGUUGAGUACAUCAAGCAGAAAUUUGAAGAUAACUCAUCAGCAGAGAGAUCCAUCAACCUGUUUUACUGUCUGAAUGAACUGAAUGAUCAAUCUCUGGUGAAGGAGAUUCAAAAGCAUCUUAGAGAAGGAAGUCUCUCAUCUGCUGACCUUUCACCUGCUCAGUGGUCUGCUCUGGUCUUUGUGUUGCUGACAUUAGAAGAGGAAGUGGAGGAAUUUGAGCUUCAGAAAUUCAAAAAAUCAGAUGAAUGUCUCAUUAGAUUAUCACCAGUUGUCAAAACUUCUAAACAAGCUCUGCUGAAUGAUUGUAAUCUAACAGAUAAAGGUUGUUUAGCUCUGGCUAAUGUUCUGGGGUCAGAAAGCCGUCUGAAAGAGUUGAACAUGAGCAAUAAUAAACUGAAGGAUUCAGGAGUCAAGCUGCUCUGUGAUGGACUGAAGAACACAAACUGUGAAUUAGAGAUCCUGAGACUGUCAGACUGCAGUAUUGGAGAAGAAGGUUAUGUUGCUUUAUCUAGAGCUGUGAGAUCAAACCCAUCACAUCUGAUAGAGCUGGAUCUCAGUGGAAAUGAUCCUGGAGAAUCAGGAGUUAAACUCAUCUUUGAUUUAAUACAAGAUCAAAACUGUGCACUGAAGAAUGUCAGGUUUUUGAAAAGCUCUUCUGCAGAUGAAGGCUUCAAGUAUUUGAGUGAAACUCUUGGUAUAAAUCCUUUACUCCAGAGAGAUCUAAAUCUGAAUGAUCAUAAACUAAACAACACAAGAGUGAAACAGAUCUGUGAUCUACUGAAGGAUAAACACUGUAGACUCAAUACACUCAUACUAUCAGACUGCAGUAUUGAAGAAGAAGGUUAUGUUGCUUUAUGUUCAGCUGUGAGAUCAAACCCUUCACAUCUGAUAGAGCUGGAUCUCAGUGGAAAUGAUCCUGGAGAAUCAGGAGUCAAUCUCAUCUAUGAUUUAAUACAAGAUCCCAAAUGUGCACUGAAGAAAGUCAGAUUAUUGAAGAGUCGUGGUGCAGAAGAAGCUUGUCUUUAUCUGAAUGAAGUUCUUGAUGUUCAUCCAUUACUGGUAAAAGAACUGAAUCUGAGUGAUAAUAAACUGGGAGAUCUGGAUGGAGAGAAACUCUCAGCUCUAUUGAUGGACUCUCAUAGUAAAGUGAAGAAAAUCAUACUAAAUGAUUGUGAGCUGACAGAGAAACAAUGUUCAGCUGUAGCUGCUCUUCUCUCCUGUGUGAAAGAGAUUGAGAUGAACAACAGUCGUCUGAUGGAUUCAGGAGUCAAACAGAUCUGUGAUCAACUCAAGAAACCUCAAUGUCAACUACAGAUACUCAAAUUGUCCAAGUGCAGUAUUGGAGAAGAAGGUUAUGUUGCUUUGUCUAGAGCUGUAAGAGCAAACCCUUCACAUCUGAUAGAGCUGGAUCUCAGUGGAAAUGAUCCUGGAGAAUCAGGAGUUAAACUCAUCUAUGAUUUAAUACAAGAUCAAAACUGUGCACUGAAGACUGUGAGGUUUUUAAAAAAAAGCUCUUCUGCAGCUGAAGGCUUCAAGUAUCUGAGUGAAACUCUUGGUAUAAAUCCUUUACUCCAGAGAGAACUGAAUCUGAGUGAUCAUAAACUAGACAACACAAGAGUGAAACAGAUCUGUGAUCUACUGAAGGAUAAACACUUUAGACUCAAUGCACUCAGGUUUUGUGGAUGCCACAUUACACAGGAAUACAGCAAUGUCUUGAUAUCAGCACUGUCUUCAGUCGGUUCACAUCUGAGAGAUCUGGAUCUGAGUGACAAUAAACUGAGUUAUGAUGGAGUAAAGCAGCUUGGGGCUCUACUGAAGAAUUCAGAUUGUAAACUGCAGAAACUACGGUUAAGAGCAUGUGGUCUGACACAUGAAGGUUGUUCUGUUCUGACUUCAGCUCUGAAUUCAAACCUAUCACACCUGAGAGAGCUGGACCUGAGUGAAAAUAAACUAGAACUCUCAGGAGUUGAAAACCUAUGUGAUCUAUUAAAAAAUGCACAAUUCAAGCUGGAAACACUCAAGUUGUGUUGUUGCAGUAUUACAGAGAAACAGUGUGAACAACUGAUUUCAGCUCUCAGUUUAAACCCUUCACACUUAAGAGAGCUGAACAUCAGUGAAAAUGAAAUAAGAGAGUCAGGAGUGAAACAUUUGUCUGAUCUACUCAGAGAUACACAUUGCAGACUGGAGAAAUUAAAGUUAAGAGCGUGUGAUUUGACACGUGGAGGUUUUUCUGCACUGGCUUCAGCUCUGAAUUCACACCCAUUAUACCUGAGAGAGCUGAACCUGAGUGAAAAUGAACUAGAACUCUCAAUAGUUGAAAACCUCUGUGAUCUACUGAGAAAUUCACAAUUCAAGCUGGAAACACUCAAGUUGUGUGGAUGCAGUAUUACGGAGACAAUGUGUGAUAAACUGAUUUCAGCUCUGUGUUUAAACCCUUCACAUCUGAGAGAGCUGAACCUCAAUGACAAUACACUUACAGACUUAGGAGUGAAACACGUGUGUAAUCUACUGAAACAUUUAGAUUGCAAAAUGGAGAAACUAGAGUUAAAAGCAUGUGGUUUGACAGAUGUAGGAUGUUUUGCUUUUACUUCAGUUAUGAAUUCAAACCCAUCACACCUGACACAGCUGAACCUGAGCGAAAAUAAAAUAAUUGAUGAUGGUGUGAAACACUUGUGUGAUCUACUGAAUCAUUCACACUGCAGACUGGUGAAACUGAACCUGAGUAACUGUAACAUUACAGAUGUAUCUUCUUUGGCUGAGGCAAGAGCAGUGAGGUCUUUUAAUAUUCUUGAUUUGAGGAACAAUAAUAUAAAACCCCCAUCAGAGAAGAAGCUUCGUGAUGUACUACAAAACUCAAGCUGUAACCUGAGACUGGGAAAUGUCAGUAUGUGGUCGUGGAUUAAAUUCUGGUACCGGAGGUCUACAAGAAAACCGGAAAACCCAAAGUCACAAGAUGAGAACCCUCAGUUUUACAACCCUGCUCAGGAUGGGACUGAAUAGGACACAUAAAGUCUUGAAAAGAUUACACUCCUCGCUGUUUUCACAAUUUCAAUAUAUUACAGUUAUUAUUUCUUCCUCACAUAAGACACAUAACAGAGAGUUCCCAAAGCCUUUAAAAUGAAAAAACUUUUUUAAACUUUAAAAAGAUUUAAAAUGUGUUUAUUUUCAAAAUCAGAUCAGCACAUCUGUGGCAGUGAUUGUGAACUCUUAUCUGUGUAAAUAGUUUCUAUCAAACAGUUUUGUGGAUCAUUCUCAUGAGGUCUUAUUCAGCUUCAGUGCUUCUGUCAGUAAAGAUAAAGAUAAAAAAUAAUGCUUUAAAGGUGCCAAAGAACAUUGUUCUCUGAUAUCUACACAGAGGGUUUGUGGCUUUAUUAAGUGCAAAAAUGAUCCAGAGUCAGUUUUUCUUGUCCAUUUACAACUCUAGGAUUUGUCUUUAUAAUGCAAUGGUCUGUUGUUACCUUAUUUGAAAGGGUCAUGAAUAAUAAUGUUGAGCUCUGCUCUGAUUGGCUGUUUCUCCUUCAGUAGCUCUGUGUGUGUGUAAACAGAUUUUAUGUUUGAGUCUGUAUCAGAUUUUGAGGAGUAAUCAAUUGUUUGGAGAUUGUUAAUGGACGUUUCUGAGUGGUGAGUUUGUGUUUUUUUUUUCAAUAUAAACCUGCAAAACGUAACUGUAACGUCAAUAGUAGAACUUCAGCUUAAAUGUUAGCAUAUAGCAUUAACUAGCAUGUAGAAUAAACUAUCAUAUAGCGCUAACUCAGCAGUCACAACUUUGUUUUUAGCAUUGUAAUAACAUUGUAAUUAAUUUAAUGUGUAAUUUAAUGUUGGGGUGUAUAUCUGGACUGUAACUUUACAGUUGGUGUUAUGUUGAGGUCUGUUUUCCAGCGAUCUUUUGUGUGGACAAGGUUUACAUAAGAAAGAGGAAACAAUCGUGUUUGAGGCUCACGAUAUGUUAUUACAAUGUACAGAACUUAUUAUUCAUCUAUUCCUAUUUAAAUACAGCUUUGCAUUAUAUGCCACUUUUAACUUUUUAUGUUGAGGUUUUCUGGACAGGGCUUAUCCUAAUCCCAGACUAAAAU